AUGGAUGUUUUUCUCUCCCGGCAGAUGCGGCACGACCGGCGGAAGAAAAAGCUUUUUAACGCGUUCAGCCUUCUCCCCAACUGCACGUCUCUGAGCAGAUAUCAACGGCAGUGGUGCACACUCUGCUUCAGUCUUGUGCUGCGUUGCAUCGUGGAUUCCUCCCAGCCCUGCCCCUCCUCCUGCCUCCCCAUUCUCCUGUUGGUCUCCUGCCAUCGCGUCCAGCUGUGGCCCACACAGGGCGCGACCGCUGGCGCUCACCUGAUUGGUCCCUGGCCUCAGGACGACAGCCAGCACCAGCACGUUCCCUACAUGCGGGACAAAGCCACACAGACCCCCAGGGCCUGGGCAGAUGAGAGGAGGAGGGGCUCUCACAAACGCUCGGCCUCCUGCGGGAGCACCGACCAGCUCAAAGAGAUUGCAAAGUUGCGGCAGCAGCUCCAGCGCAGCAAACGCAGCAGCCGUCAUCGGAGAGAUAAAGAGCGCAAGUCGCCCUUUAAUGGCAGCCACACCAUCAUCCAAUCUCAGUCCCCUAUGCCCAAAACCAUCUUGAUACCCAUUCCCAUCGGCAAGUCGUCCGCCCCUCGUUUUCGCAACAGCGUGGAGGGUCUCAACCAGGAGAUUGAGCGGCUCAUCAUCCGGGACACCCCCGAGAAGGAGGAGGUCAUUGUUCCUCAGGACGUCCCAGAUGGGCACCGCGCUCCCCCUCCUGUGGUCCCCCAACGCAGCAGUAGCACGCGGAGCAUCGAUACCCAGACGCCAUCGGGGGGCGGGCUGAGCGGGAGCCAUAGCAACUGCAGCAGCCGGCCCGACUCCAUCUCACCCUCCUACCUCACAGUGCUGAACGACGCGACCGCAGGCAGCCCGUACGAGGACAAAGAACUGGGCCCCUGUUCGCCUCUGCCCAAAUACGCUGCUUCUCCUCGGCCAAACAACAGCUACACCUUCAAGAGGGAGCCUCCGGAGGGCUGCGAGAAGGUCAAAGCCUGCGAGGAGAAUAUACCCAAGCCUCUGCAGGAGAUCCCGCCCUUCCUGUGUCCCGACCGGAACAAGGUGAACUUCAUCCCCAACAGCGGCUCUGCCUUCUGCCUGGUCAGCAUCCUCAAGCCCUUACUGCCAGCCCCCGAGCUGAGCUUUCGUCCUGGGGUGGGCCUGCGCAGUCUGUCCCCCUCCCUGGUGCCUCUGUCCACUCAGCCCUGCCUGCUGGAGGAGCCCGAGAGCUUCUGA